AUGGCUCGUCUAUCAACCCAACCUGCUCCCGUGGCAGCCUCAGCCUCAGGUUCAAGCCCGUCCAAGUUCAAGCCUGUCGCUCUCAGAUCCGGAUUCUACGCUCUCCCUCUCGCCGUCGCUUCAUCAGCGUCCUCCUCCUCGUCCAGACGCAGCUCCACUUCAAGCACCGCCGUCGAAUACGUCUUUGUGCGCGCCCACCACUCGUUCAACUCGGCACAGGACGAUGACGAACCUGAGCAAGCUGUCGCCGCUUCGACUUCGACGACGCUCUUCCUCACCGGAUUGCCGCUCGGAGUGACCGAAAACGCUCUACGGAAACUGUUCAAGGCCCUGUACCCACGCCACAAGAUUGUCACCGUGCAACUCUUGCCCUCGCCGAACGCAGCCGCAGCUAGCAACACGCUCCUGGCGAGGGAACUCGCUUCCCCCUCGGUCACUCCCUCGAUCGACCCUCUCUUCAUCAACUCCGACGCGAUUGAAGCCGACUCGAUAUCUGAUGCGCAAUCAACUUUGAUCACCUUCGAUUCCACACCUGCUCUGCCCCCACCGGUCCCAUCGAUCGUCCCAUCGUUAUCGGCCCCGAAAUCCCCAAAUUUUCUCACCCGAGCUCGAGCCAAGUACGACCAGGCGCGACCUCAUCGAUCCAUCAUCAUCUCCCACACCGACACAUGGAUGCAGAACCAUGAUCAAAAAAAGGCCUCUCUGCGUCCGUCUUCCGCAGCCGCAGCCACGGCCACGACCUCGGCCUCGUCCUCGAAAAAGGGCAAGAAAGCCGCCGCAAAGGACCCCGGUCCUCUUCCAGGUUCGGCCGCGUUCGCCUUGGCCCAAUACGCGGCCCAACAGGCCCGACUCGCUUCGGCUUCCUACAACCCCGACGACCAUACCGGUCCCCAAGACGCCGAAGGCUGGACCUUGGUCUCUCGUGGUGGAAGGCACGGUACGUCCGCUUUGGACGUCGAGGCCCUUCAGAAUGCCACGACCGACGGGUACGGUGGUCGAGCCGUCAAGGUCGCGAGCAAGACUUGGCUCAAGGGGCUCGAGGGCGAUGGCGCGACCGAUUUGGAGACGGGUCAGAGGAAUAUCGUAGGCAAAGGGUUCUAUCGGUUCACCAAGUCGGACGAGAGGAAACAAGGUCAGCUUCACAUUCGGGACUUGAGGCCAAGGGGAACAGAUUUUUGCUGACCCGCUCACGUGGUCGUCGCUUCUUUGGUUGUAGAACUUGCGGCUCUCAAGGAUCGCUUCGAACAAGACAAGAGUCGGUUGAACGAGUUCCGCGAAUCGUACCGCGGACGUGGGGGCCGAGGUGGUCGAGGUGGGGGAGGAUCCGGUAGAGGUGGUGGUGGUGGUGGAUCGGGGCGAGGUGGGAGAGGCGGCUCGAGUUCGAGAGGUAGACCGGGGCGUUCGAACGACGGUGAGAAGAGGUACAAGCCUUAUUGA